UCCCCUCGCUCUCCUAAAACCCUAACCCCCCUCGCGCCGCCUCCCCAGCAGCAGCAGCCGCCGCCGCCGCCGCCGGCGAGAUGGCGCUGUACCUGCUCUUCGAGUCGGCGUCCGGCUACGGCCUCUUCCACGCGUACGGCAUCGACGAGAUCGGGCAGAGCGUGGACGCCGUCCGCGCCUCCGUGGUCGACCUCGACCGCUUCGGCAAGGCCGUCAAGCUCGCCGCCUUCACCCCCUUCUCCUCCGCCGUCGACGCCCUCAACCAGUGCAACGCCAUCUCCGAAGGGAUCAUGACCGACGAGCUGAGGAGCUUCCUGGAGCUGAACCUGCCCAAGCCCAAGGAGGGGAAGAAGGCCAAGUACAGCCUCGGCGUCGUCGAGCCCAAGGUCGGCUCCCACAUCUCCGAGGUCACCGGCAUCCCCUGCCAGAGCAACGAGUUCGUCCAGGAGCUGCUCCGUGGCGUCCGCCUCCACUUCGACCGCUUCAUCAGCGAGCUCAAGAAAUCGGACCUGGAAAAGGCGCAGCUCGGUCUGGGGCAUAGCUACAGCAGGGCAAAGGUGAAGUUCAAUGUGAACCGUGUCGACAACAUGGUGAUUCAGGCUAUCUUUCUGUUGGAUACACUUGACAAGGACAUCAAUUCCUUCUCCAUGAGAGUGAGGGAAUGGUUUUCAUGGCAUUUUCCUGAACUGGUCAAAAUUGUCAAUGACAACUACAUCUAUGCUAAGCUUGCUAAUUAUAUUAAGGACAAAUCUGAGUUGGCGGAAAAAGAUAUUCCAACGUUAGCUGAUCUGAUUGGAGAUGAAGACAAGGCAAAAGAAGUUGUCGAAGCAGCAAAGGCUUCAAUGGGUCAGGAUCUUUCGGAAGUUGAUUUGAUCAAUGUGAAGCAGUUUGCUCAAAGAGUCAUGAAUCUGUCUGAAUAUCGCAAAAACCUAUAUGAGUAUCUUGUUACCAAGAUGAAUGAUAUUGCGCCAAAUCUAACAUCAUUAAUUGGUGAAGUUGUUGGAGCACGCCUUAUCUCUCAUGCUGGCAGUCUUUCAAACCUUGCUAAGUGUCCUGCCUCCACUCUCCAGAUACUUGGUGCUGAAAAGGCACUUUUCAGGGCAUUGAAAACUCGAGGGAAUACGCCAAAAUACGGCCUUAUAUUCCACUCAUCCUUCAUUGGCCGUGCUUCAACCAAGAACAAAGGCAGAAUGGCUAGGUACCUGGCGAACAAGUGCUCCAUUGCAUCACGCAUUGAUUGUUACUCUGAUUCAGCUACCACAGUCUUCGGGCAAAAGUUGCGCGAGCAAGUCGAGGAGCGAUUGGACUUCUACGACAAGGGUGUUGCACCUCGUAAAAACCUUGAUGUGAUGAAAGCUGCAAUAGACAGUAUGACAAAUGAUGUUGAUGAUGAUGAAAAGGUGGAUGCCUCUGCCAAGAAAAGUAAGAAAAAGAAGUCUAAAGCUGAUGGUGAUGCAAUGGAUCUGGAUAAGCCUUCCAACGAUGGAGAAGCUGAGCCUGGAACCGAGAAGAAGAAAAAGAAGAAGAAGCACAAGCUGGAGGAGCCUCCGGAGGAGGUGAACGGCGCAGCACAUGCCAAUGGUGACGCUGAAGAGAAUGGUACUCCCAAGAAGAAGAAAAAGAAGAACCGUGAAGUCCCCGAGGACGCCGAACCAAAGACGGCCACCGAAGGGAAGAAAAAAAAGAAGAAAAAGUCCAAAGCCGAGGACGAGGAGUGACCGACCAGUUUGCCUAUUGCAUGGCUGAUGCAUCUGAUUAGUGUUGUUGGGAGCAAGAGUUGAAACACCUAGAUAUUCCUAGUUCCUUCAGACAAAAGCAAUCCUGAACUAUGAAAUUGUCCUGCCGUCUCUUUUGGUCAUUCGUUGUUAGCAAUUUUGUGGCGCGACAGGUGCUCCGUGAUUACUGGGAGCAAAAUAUGGCGGCAGUUAUUAUAACAAAAUUUGCCCUUGAUUUCAUAUCGUCCUCAAACAAA